GGACGCAAACCUUCCAAUAUGGCAGCUUUCCGGAUACAAUACAGAGGCUGGAAAUAAAUCGGCUUUUAACGACAAAAUAGCAUCUUGAACAUUCAGUUUGUUUUAUUACAAUGUGGCGGGGUUAGGGUGAACGUCUGCAGGCUCCACGGUUUUAAUAAUGUUAGCAGAGACCAGUCUUUCCAUAUGGGGAUGGGGAGGCCUUGGUGUUGUGCUUUUUCUUGUAACGUUUGGACCGUUUGCAAUAUUUUAUUUAGCAUUUUAUAUCCUGUGCUUCACUGGUGGCUGUUUUACAGUUACUCUUUUAUUUGGAAAAACAAACUCUGAAAAACAUCUUGAACAGUGUGAACACUCCUUUCUUCCCGCAACGCAAACUGGCAUACUCAAGACCUUGGAAGAAGUAAAACAAGAAAGUCGGCAAAUAAAAAUAGACAGAAGACUGACUGGGGCCAGCAUCAUUGAUGAACCUUUACAGCAGGUAAUUCAGUUUGCCCUAAGAGACUACAUCCAGUACUGGUAUUACACACUAAGUGAUGAUGAAUCUUUUCUUCUUGAAAUCCGACAAACAGUACAAAAUGCCCUUGUCCAGUUUUCUACCAGGUCAAAAGAAGUAGACUGGCAACCGUAUUUCACAACACGAUUAGUAGAUGACUUUGCAACUCACCUUCGGGUUUUUAGAAAAGCUCAAGAAAGGAUGACAGAAAAGGAUGAUCAGAAACAUCUCAAGGAUGAACCAGAGGAGCUUUUAGAAUCCUUCUUUGAAGCUGAAGUAGAAAUGGAGAGAAAAAUCUGUCGUGAUCUUGUCUGCACUUCACCCAGAGAUGAAGAAGGAUUUUUACGGGAUCUGUGCGAAGUUUUACUGUACUUGUUACUACCUCCUGGAGACUUCCAUAACAAGAACAUGAGAUACUUUGUGAGGGAAAUCCUUGCAAGGGGAAUUCUCCUUCCACUGAUUAACCAGCUCAGUGAUCCAGACUAUAUUAAUCAGUAUGUUAUAUGGAUGAUUCAUGAUUCUAGCUGUAACUAUGAAGCGUUUAUGAACAUUCUCAAACUAAGUGACAAAGUGGGAGAGCUGGAAGCUGUGAAAGAUAAAGCCAUGGAAGAGCUGCAGUUUCUUCGCUCUUUAGACACUGCAGGAGAUGAUAUCAAUGUGAUUAAGAAUCAAAUAAACAGCUUACUAUUUGUGAAGAAAAUCUGUGACACAAGGAUACAGAGGUUGCAGUCAGGAAAGGAAGUGGAUACCUUGAAACUUGUAGCCAACUUUGGAAAACUGUGCGUAAUUCCUCUGGAACACAUAUUGGUCCACAACAUUGCACUACAGUUUUUCAUGGAUUACAUGCAGCAGAAGGGAGGGCAGGCAGACCUUUUCUUCUGGCUUACAGUGGAAGGGUAUCGAGUCACAGCACAGCAGCAGCUGGAAGUUUUACAGAACUGGCAGAAGGAUGGGAAAAAGCAGACCAACCAGACCAAAGACUUGUUAAAAGCUGCUGCACUCGGGGUUUAUGAACAGUAUCUGUCAGAAAAGGCAUCCCCUCAAGUUCAGGCUGACGAAUCCUUAGUUGAAAGACUGGCAGAAAAGCUCAAAAAUGAAGACCCAACACCUGAAAUAUUUGAUGAUAUCCAAAGAAAGGUGUAUGACAUGAUGCUGCGGGAUGAGCGGUUCUACCCGUCUUUCAGACAGCAUCCUCUUUAUGUGCGGAUGUUGGCUGAGCUUGACAUGUUGAAAGAACCAAGUUUCAGAGGGUCGGAUGAUGGAGAUGGAGAAUCAUUUAAUGGUUCUCCAACAGGAAGCAUUAAUUUGUCCCUAGAUGACCUCUCGAAUGCUAGUUCUGAUGAAUCAAUGCAGCUGCAUGCAUUCAUUUCUGAUACUGGAGUGUGCAAUGACCAUGGGAAGACGUAUGCAUUGUAUGCAAUCACUGUGUUUCGGAAGAAUGCAGACGGCAGCGAGGACACCUGGAAAACCUAUCGUCGUUACAGCGACUUCCAUGACUUUCAUAUGCGUCUCACGGAGCAGUUUGAAAACCUUACAAGUAUUUUAAAGCUCCCUGGGAAGAAGACCUUCAACAACAUGGAUAAGGAUUUCUUAGAAAAGAGAAAAAAAGACCUGAAUGCCUACAUACAGUUAUUGCUGAAUCCUGAAAUGAUUAAAGCUUGUGCCCCCCUGGCUUUCUAUCUGUGUGAUUUUCUGGAAAACAAAGCCUAUAAUAAAGGGAAAGGGGACUUUGCACGUAAGAUGGAUACCUUUGUAAACCCACUACGCAAUUCCAUGAGAAAUGUCUCCAAUGCUGUCAAGGCCAUUCCUGACAGUCUGGUAGAGGGAAUGACGAAAGUGUCGGACAACAUGGGAAAAAUGUCAGAAAAACUGGGGCAGGAUUUAAAACAGUCAAUAUUUAAGGUUCCCCCUUUGAUUCAGAAGUCUGAUAUAGACCCUGAACACUGCCGUGUCUCCGCUCAGCUGGAUGAUAAUGUGGAUGACAAUAUUCCACUCAGGGUAAUGCUACUUUUAAUGGAUGAAGUCUUUGAUCUGAAAGAAAGAAACCAGUGGUUGAGGCGGAAUAUUAAAAACUUACUGCAGCAGCUCAUUCGAGCAACAUAUGGAGACACAAUAAACAGAAAAAUUGUAGAUCAUGUGGACCUCAUGACCUCCCCUGAACAAGUUGCAGACCAUGUGAAACAUUUCAGAGAUGCCUUUUGGCCCAAUGGUAUUUUAGCGGAAACGCCACCCCGCAGGGAUAAAGCAAUCCGAAUGAGAACAAGAGUGGCUGCCAAGACUAACCUGCUUGGAAUAAUGCCAGAUGAGCUGAAGCACAUUAUUGGUGCUGACACAACACGGAAGGGAAUAUUACGGGUCUUUAAGAUGUUCCAGCACAACCAGUUAAACCGGAGGCUUGUUUAUGUUUUUAUAGAGGGAUUCCUCGAAACCAUGUUUCCUCAAUAUAAAUUCCCUGAGCUCUUUAUCAAACUGCAUUCAAGAUCUGAACGGAUGAAAAAAUAUUCACAGAAAUUAAAGACUUCCCAGGUUCCCUCUUUACAAAAGAGGUGACAUCCCAAACCAGCAAGCUGUGCCCUUAUGACACUGUAUUGAAUGUGAGCAGAACUAAUCCACACAUGGACAACUUUUCUGGAGGUUCAAAAUGUACAUGGUACUAUUUGCUGGCCUCUCAUCUUAGGACAACGAUGUUCCCAAGAACUGCAGUUUCACCCCAUCUACAUUCUUACUCAACCACUAUCUUAGCGUGAUUAUAGCACAGGUCAUUUGUGCAACUUGAAAGAGCAACACUUAUUUAACAGUAGAAGAGGUGUGGAAGCGCAAUAUCGUUGCUUUCUCUGAGACUGAUAACAUCUCGCAACCAUGGAAAGAUGUCCUUGGAAACUCGUGGAGAUGCCUACAAUGAAAAUUUCCAAAAGGAUUUGGCUGUAUAGCAAGGUUAAGCACAAAAUGUGACGAUCUGAGCUACAGUUCAUGUGAAGUGAAAUGGGCAUGAACACUAAUCUAGAACCCCAAAUCACUGGUAAAUGGUAGUAAACUGUUUGUAGACUUUGCAUUAGGGAUGCAAUGGUUAGGAUUUCCCAAACAAAAACUGACAUUAGCAUAAAAUUCCAAACCGAACGAUACAGACAAAAGAUAAAACUAAACCGAAACUGAAUACUUUUGUGUGCAAUGAAUAAGCGUUGGGAGUUUCAGCACUAAGCUAGCGGGCAUUUUCGGGAGUGCAUCAGACACUUUGCUGAGUAUAGAUGGUUCAUAUUAACAUACCUUCAUUUUAAUAUGGUAACAUUAAUCAAAAGUUGGCAAGACUUGCCUGAUUUGAUUCAGCUCUCAGUAGGGAUAACUGUGGCUUCAUACUCAUUCUAGUCUGUGUGUUUAGAUGUCUAGGGCUGUUUUCAUAUGCAAAUAUUCAGCCUGUGGUACCAUAACUAGCACUUAAAUUGUUAAAUUACUCUGCCUAGACCUAAUAACAAAGGUAAUAUUGAUGUUAAACUGAUUUAAAACAGCCAAAUGCAAAAAUACUUAAAGAAGAUGCAUGUAUUGUUGCUGCAUUCUAUCUAUAUUGAUUGAAUUCAAGUGUCAGAUGUAUUAUCACAUGAGCAGCAGUACAGCUCAGAUAGGAUUUGCCACUUACUGAGGCAACAACGGGGGUACCAGCAAAAUAAUAAAUAAAACAGUUUAAUGUUUAUUAAUACAGUAUUGUAUUAUUUCUACAUUGUUAAACUGUAUAAUACAUUGAUCUGAGUGAUGCAGUAACACUGUAUUGAGCUUAUGUGUCACAGUUAAAAAAAAAAAAAAAAAAAAAAAAAAAA